GAGAGUGUUCACGAAAAGCAUAGAAAAGUUUCUAUGGGGAUCAAUAUCUUCUGCGGUCGUGAUUUGGGAAAGACGAGCACGAGAAAAUUGUUGAGAGACGUGUCCGACUCCGAGCCUCCACCGCCCUUGUGGGCGCAGCGUUGUGUUUCGCGAAUGAAAGUUUCAAAUCGGAAUUAACAUAGUUGACAUCUGAGUGAAAAAUCGCAGAGCGCCGGUCAUACUUCAAUCUAGGCGCCCUUGAAAAUUAUACGUACAAGAGUCGGACGAGGGUCGAAUUCUUGUAUUGUCUGUUCCUUCGUUUAUCUAAACUCAUACGCACUCAGUAUCGGACACGCAGGUGAUGUGACCCAAACCCAACUUUCCCUUCCGUCGAAAUUGUCAAUUUCGUGGUCGUUCCGCUACCCCUAACCCUUGUUAUUCAGUCUCUUUUCGAUUGUGGUUUUAAUGAUUCCUCCAUUUUCUACUGACUUCAGGGAGUCGAGGGCUUGUCGGACAGCAACAGGUAUCUAAGCAUGUUUGCUUAAUCGUAGUAGAGCUUCUUUUCCGUUAUCCAAUAUCUCGAUUCCAGCAUGAGAUUUUUCGCUAGACAUACGGAAAACGGCGAUGGAAGCCGCGCUCAAUCGCAUCCCGUCGUCAGCGUGAACUUCGGUGUUUGAGGCAGGAGCACUGGCUUUCAGUGGGUCUGGCGCUGCAGAAAAUGCAUUUAGACAACUGCAUACUCCCUCGUGCUCGUGUUAUCACUGCCUGAGCACCUAGGGUAUGUUGGUCCCGUCGGAUGAUCGUCUCGAACAGCAAGAGGGGAACCAGCGGGAAACUCUGCUCACUCGCCUGCGCGUGUUGAUUUGGGCAAACUUGGUGUUGCCGGUGGUGCUCGGUUUCUUCGGGUUUAUCUUUCUCGGAGCUUACCCUCCGGAGAACGGGACUAGCUGUCGGCACGUCCUGCCAAUCUUCCUUCACCUCAUUGCAAUUUAUUUCACGCACAAGCUCCACAAAGAUCUCUAUCAACACCACUACAAAAGGGUACUUCUACAUUUUUUACAUGUUCGUUUUUGUAGCAUUUCGGCUGUGUUUCGUGGAUUACCACGUGGAAUUAGAAUUUGUGUGAUUAUUACGCACAUUGUCAGGUGGAAAGUCGCAAGUCAGAAGCUCCUGACCCAUGUCGUUGUGGAUCAGAAAUCAGCCGUAUUCAUUGCCCUGUCUCCAAUUUACGAGUGUUCUUGUACACCACUCUUGCAACAUCAUUCUUACUACAGUUCAUUUUCGAGAAGUACGGUAUCGAGCUUGAGGAUGAUGAGCUCGCAGAAUCUCCGAACAUUGCAGGGUCACCGCACCAACGCUAUGGGAAAAAGACUGCCCCAGCAAGGACGACGCGAAAGGAUGGCUCGGGCGUGCUGUCUCUCACAAAUGGGUCGUUGUCGUCUCCGAGUGGGAUGCUGGCCCUCACCGACGGGUCCGGAUCUACGAACGAGCCGGAAAAGAAAGAGAAGCGGAAGGUAUCGAAGCGCAUGUUUCCCAAUGGCGAGCCGCCAGAACCUGCACCAAAGAAAGAGAAUUUGCAGGAGAGAGUAGCUAAGUGGAUCUCUCGACAAAAACGCAAGGGCGAUGCAGCCUCGAGUAUGGGUGAUGGAGUCUCUAAGCGGACAAAAGCGUUUCUAACGCGUGACAGGAAAAAGCAAAUUGUUCGCGUGGGCUUGCAUUUCUUGUGGAUCUACGAGUUGGUUGCGAUAAUCGCACUCACGAUGAUCACGUGGGAGCACUGCGGCAUGCUCGGCGAGAGCACGGGUGAGGAAGAAGAAGACCUGUAUUCCGGAAUAUUCGGGACCAAUCGUGGGCGUUUCGGCGACGAGGACUACUCACAUCCACCGCUGCAGAAUCCCUAUGAUCCGGAGAAGGAACUCACGUGCUGCCGGUGUCCAGGGGUACUUGGGCUGCACUUAAGUUUUUUCUUUUGUAGACAAAUGUACGCCCUUGUUGUUCUUGGGACGAAAAUCCAUUUGAUUGUAUGAAAGCCAAGGGACUAUCGGGAGGCGCAUGCUAGAAGGCUCCUCGGGAUCAGUCCAACAUGGGUAGAAAACAUAUUGUUCUGGUUCAUCGAACGGCACCUUUUUUUCUUUCCAUACUCCGGCAUGCAUCACUUUGUGUCAUUGGGACUAGGCCGUUCUUCAAUUGUCCUCCAUGUUUCUCUCAGGUGUGGUGCCCUUACUUGGUGACGCAAUCCGAGGUCCUGAAUCCGGACUGUCCUUGUUUUGAGGAUGUCAUGCGUGCGGAUCUGAUAGCUGCCGAUCUCGCUAUUGUUCGCGAAGCUGAAAAACUAGAAGCUGCAAGAAACGGAACGGUCUUGUCAUUCCUCCCAGAUGGGACCAGGGUACAAUUUGAGCCGUUUUUUUGUAAAUCUAAUCAUGACUCAGCAUGCAUCAAUAUGCUCGUGUCGAAUUAGUGUAGGAAACGAGUUGUAUGAAUGUGGAAGCGGAAGGUGUCGGCUUUUACGAUGAAAAUCAACCUUGCUGCAGGUUUAUUCGAUCAAUGAGACUGCGCGGCUGGCACUGUUAGCACAUAAUGCCCAGACGACGUCGACGAGCCCCGCUCCGUUUAACCCCGUAUUGAAUGUCCAUAGCUGCUCGCUGCGGUUCAUGCGAAAAGCGUGCGUUGGUGUCAUUUGUUUCUAUGGCGACGACGCAGCAUACCGCGCCGCCGUGCCAGAAGAGUGUCGGGGACCUGUCCCCAACCCAGAUGAUUUUCCACGGGAGGAUACAGUGAGUGUACGCAUCGCAACAACGCUGCCUCCCGUAUCGACCGAGAUAACGACCGCGGCUCCGGUGUACCUACCGCCGGACUACAGCGAUUGUCUCUUCGACGACUGGGGUCCGUGGGGAACCUGCUCGCAGGAGUGCUGUUGCAGCGGUUUGGAGUAUCGCGUCAAAACGGGCACCCUGGAUCCACCGCAAAGUACGUUCUGUUCUCGCGCGCAGAUCAACGAGAUGCGCGCGUGCAAUCGCGACGUGCCCUGCGUGCAAGUGGAAGUGAAAGUCCCAGUGCAGCUCGCUUGCGAAGACGUGCGGCUGAAGUAUCAGUGCGAGCCUGGUGGCUAUUCGUGUCUGCGGCGUCUGUCUCUCGGAGACACGGUCAUGCUGGAUUUGUUGUCAAGCGAGCGUGGUUUUUUGUUGCCUGAGCAGCGCGCAACAGUUGUCGGUUUUCGCUUGCGGCGUGACGAACCCGAGGAACACUGUCGUCGGCUGGUAGAGGUGGAACGCAACAACGUGCGGUGGUGGUAUUCGGAAGAGUCUCUUGUGCAUAUCACGCUGACCGUGGCCGUGGAGUGUCCACACGAGUUUAAGCGCCUUGGGGCCAUCGUCGGUCCUCAAGUGGAACCAGAGUGCCCGCUUAUCCGGGACACGGAUAUCAUGUCGUAUGCGGAGACUGCAGCGACGCUAACAACCACGACUGAUCCAACGUAGUUGUUCUUGUUAAGCUAAUCAUAAUUUAGUAAUAUAAAAACGAAUUAUGUUACUUGGAAUUUUAAACUAGCCUCCUGGCGUGGUUCCCCAGGGUAAGGCGUAGGUAGCUUGAGGGCGCAUAUCCGCAAAGGUAGCUUGAGGGCGCAUAUCCGCAAAAAUUUUCAGCGCAAAAUUUUCAGCGCAAAAUUUUCAGCGCAAAAUUUUCAGCGCAAAAUUUUCAGCGCAAAAUUUUCAGCGCAAAAUUUUCAGCGCAAAACUUUUAGCAAUUAGGCAAUGAAUGAAGAGAUUAUAGAUUCACCAUCCACACUGUAGGGCGGUUUUCUUGGGUGUUGACGCGAUGGUUUGGGAUCCUAUCCGCGGUGAGUGGCGAUCAAAGUCUGAGGUUGACGCCGAGAACGCCGCUAAGGUGAAGGUGAAGGAACGAACUGGCUUCGAGCUGAUGUCGGACUGCUAUCCCUACCUUUUUGUGCCCUUUAUCGCUCUGCUGUUAGAAACCGCAGUCAAGUCUCCGUGUCCGGAGCGCGAGUCGGAGGCCGGCGACGGGUUUCGUUCUGCCAUUGGCGUGUUGGGUAUAAUACAGCUUGUAUGUCGCGUCGCUUUCCUUUGGGUCGAGCGCAUGAAAGAGACCAAGGAUAAGGAGGGGCUGGACCGAAAGCACGUGAUUCAUGCCAGCGCUGAAGAUGGUGAAGGCGAGUUGGACGGCAACUUUAGAAGGCCUGUCAAGUACUCCGUUGAAAUUUUUGUGGUGACAACCGUGAUUAGUUUUAUUUCUCCACAGAAGCGGUGGCUGGUUUUGUUUUUGGUAUCUCCACAGAAGUCUCGCAUCCAUCGAUGUAGGUCACUAUCUAACAUCUGAAACGCAAGAGCUCUUGCACAACUGAUCAUCCUGUGUUUCUCUUCUCUAGGAUUCAAAUCGUUUUUCUAAUAUAUCUAUCAGGGACUUGAUGUUCUCGCGAGAGGGCAUGGUGGAUUCAACCGGGAAGCGGUAUAUAGAACGGAAAGUGACACCAGCGCAACUUCACGGGUUGAAAGGGCAGCCACACUUAAGUAAGGAGAACCAGCUUGCGCUGGAUGUAAAGCGGUUAGAGCACCAGCAAGACCGAAGGUUGCGCGCUUUGAUUGACGCCAACAUGUUGCGUGGUAGUCGAACGUUCAGUACGAGCAUUCAUGAGCGUGCGCAAGGACGACGCCAGGCUGUGAUGGAACGAGGCCCGGAUGGAGUGUUUCGUGCGGUUUACAUCGACUCCGCGCCAACUCCGCCACCAGAAGAGGCUUUUCCGGUGCAACGACCCGGAGAAGAGCAGGUCCCGGAGGCAUUCCGAGAGUGGGAAGACGAAAAAGAAUUUCCAGGGCAGAGUCGUGCAGGGAUGUUUGAGCGAAGCGUGUAUCGGCCAAGUGCGGAAGCCGCAAGAGCAGCUGCGCAAGAACGCAUGCUGGCCUUGGCCAAUAGCGACCCGCGUGACGAAAAUGAGACGCUGGCGCCCACUGGUGGCUCGAUAACAGGAGCCAGUCAGCGCGAUGCUGCCGCAUUAGAGGGAGGCGUAUCACAGCAUGUAUCAAGCGUCACGCACCAUACGAGCUCGCAGGAUUUGCGGCCGGUAUCUGAUCGGCAAAGCCGCGGAGGCAGCAGUCGCGGUGACAUCGAUAAGCAAUCCGAGGGUACGGGUACUAGCCGCGGUACGUUACCGCACCGGCGCCCUGCGUCUAGUGACGCAGGCGAUCCGUUAGAGCAAAGCAUCGUGCCGCCACUUCCGUUUUUUCCUCCAAAUUCGAUGCCGUUGUCACCUGGCAUCGAGCCUUCCACCACUCCCGGGGCGCAGGCGCUCUCAAAAGAGGCGGAAUUUUUUAUGCGAGAAGCCGAGACACGCACGAUAGAAUCGACGGAACUGAACGCUCUAGCCUUAGUCACAGGCGUGCAGGACCGGGAGCUGCAGUUGGCUGGAAUCAUCGCGAAGCGAGAGAAACCCACCUUGCCACCGGAUAAAGAGAAGCAUGACGGCACGGUGAGACUGGCACCGGCGUCAGAGAUGUUGCGCACAAAUCGUUUGCGCAGCGAGUACGAAGCGCAGGUUUUCGCUGCGACAGGCAGGUCCGGAUUUUACGACCGAGACGCGAGAAGCAGAAGCGGUGCCGCAACUCCCGCGUCGUCCGCAGGUGGGCGGGACGGCGUUGCGAAAGCCGAUCGUCGGGAUAGUUAUGUGUGCGACAACGUGGGGCAUCCGCUGAUGCCAGUUCGUCUUGACGACGCUAGAAAAAGCGAACGGAAAUGCAUCAGUUGUCAGACGGCGGCACGCGAGAAGAAGGGCGUUCAUGUACCCGUGCAAAUGCUGGUUUCGCGUGUGAACGACUACUGUUUGUGCAACACCUGCGCGAAGAUGAUCGAGGGCCUAAUGUCGUGUUGGGCUGGCGACAUCACACAAGAAGAUUUCAAGCAAAUGGGAAAAAUGGUCGCCAAGCUGCAGGGUACUCACUUUUACAAUCUAAUGUUCCCCGCCACUCAAGUUUUGCGAUGGAAACUACACUAUGUAUUCCAAAUUAUGUAUGAAGCACUUCGUUUUGUUCCUCCAUUAGCUCCAGCAAUGUUGUAACUACAUUUAAAACAGGUAAGUCGUACAUUGUUGACGACGAAGUAUACACAAUAUGCGGUAGUGAAGUCAUGUUCAAAGGGCGAAGCAUCUUCAAACUGCGGGCGAAGUUACAUAUGCAGAAGGUCGAAGACGUGGAGGUGAUGCGACCGCUCUUGGGAAUCGUUACUCCGGAGGGCGACAUCGUCGCCGUUGAUUCGCUUAAAGCAGGUGCAAAGACUCAAACCUUUUUGAAGAAAGUGUGACUAUGACGUGUCUAAAAAUUUCAGAACCUUACACCGUAACCGUUUUUAUUGCUCUUCUGUAAUUGGUGGAUGGUUCUUCGCUGCAUGGAGGGCCCUCUUGACAGCGAGUUCGACGGACAUAAAACUUCACGGAAUUGUUAAGUAACUUUUCAAUUGGAUUGAAGAAUACAUUCUCCCCAAACUUAACACUGCAAUUACAAACAGAUGGUGCGAUCCGGUGGUCAGACGGUGACAUGUGGCCAGUUUUCGACGACACGGAACAACAACGCUUGCGCGACGAGGCGGAGACGCGACACCAGCAGGCUGAGAUGGAGAAGGCGCGAAGGAUAGCGGAGGAAGAAGCUCGUAAUGCGGAGGAAGAGCGUCGGCGCGAACAACAACGCCUAGCCGAAGAGGCUCGGUUGAAACAGCUUGAAAAACAGCGCUUGGAGAUGGAACGACGCCUGAUGAUCGAAAAGGGCUUUGAUCCUGACGACAUGAGCGACGGCGAGCUCGAGAUGGCCCGAAAAAUCAUCUACAAGCAAGGAGGCGCCGACGAUGACUAGUCCUCUGGUAUGGCGAGUCAGUUCAUAAAAAUAAUUCCCAACUACACGACGCGAAUCCCGCAUCAUCAACACGUAAUGUGCCGCUGUUGAAAAUUUUUUUACCUCUUAGAAGUAGUGUGGCUACAGUUCUUGGACCCCAGUGAGAGCCCGUCUGCAAAAAAAAAGGUAAGUUCUUGUUGUACUUGUUUCCGUUCGUCGUGAAGGUUUCCUUUUACCGCAUUGACCUAAAUCUAACUUGUCUAAUCGGGUUUCUCAUUGUUUGAAAUUGAAUACUUGUUUCGCCGAUAGCUGAACUGAAGCGAGUUUCUUGGAGCAACCAGUCGGGUUUUUUUCAAGACAGACCUUGUAAGUCUAAGCUCGCUUGUUCUCUGAUUAGACGUCAAUUAUCUCCACUUGUAAGUUGGAGAAUUAUUGGGAGAUUGCAAAACUCCUUGGAUCCGAAGUAGGGCGCGAGCUGCGUUCAGAGAAUGCUUGGCUCGACCCGUCGUACUGCAUGACGAAUAGCAUGAGACCGCUGUUGCAAAGUCACAUCAUCUCGUGCGCCUCCGCGUUAGGCGCAUGCUGUAUGAUAAGAAGUCUAAGUUUUCCAUGUUGACGAG